CGGAAGUCGAGGCAUUGGUGGCGACUAGUGAGAGCCUGAAAACCCAGGAUGAACUUGUGUCCAUCCCAGAGAUCGCUGCAGGAGUCAUGAGGUGCUCUGUGUGUCACCAGCCUGACCCGGGCCCCUGGCCACUUACUCCGUCCUCACCUGCGGUGGUCCUGUACUGUCAGUAAGGAGGCAGAUUGGCUCUUUGGAGAGAAGGUGGUUCCUUAUCGCAGGCUCUGAGCUCUCACUGCAGGAGGCAGGGAAUGGAUGGGAAGAUCUGGUCCAGGCGAUCAGAACCGAGGCCAGUUUUGUGACAGCAUUGUGAUCAGCCACAACAUGCCUCCUCCCAGGACAAGGGAGGGCAGGGAUCCCCGAGACCGACACCGGGCUCCCAGGGAGGAGGAGGCCCCGGAGAAAUGGGACUUUAAUUGUCCAGACACACGUCGCCUCUUCGAAGAUGCCUUCUUCCGUGAUGAGGAUUAUAUCCGCCAGGGUUCCGAGGAGUGCCAGAAGUUCUGGACCUUUUUUGAACGCUUGCAGAAAUUCCAGAAUCUCAAGACUGCCAGGAAGGAGGAGAGGGAUGCCCAGCAUCCUAAGCACAGCAUCCCAGCGCUGGCCGACCUGCCUUGCACUUACGAUGCGCGGUACCGCAUCAACCUCUCCAUCCUUGGCCCUGACCCGCGGGGCGCUCGGGGGCUGGGCGGGCGCCUGCCACCAGAGAGAGUGUCCGAGUUCCGCCGAGCCCUGUUGCACUAUCUGGACUUCGGCCAGAAGCAGUCAUUCGGGCGGCUGGCCAAGCUACAGCGUGAGCGGGCAGCUCUUCCCAUCGCCCAGUAUGCGAACCGCAUCCUGCAGACGCUGAAGGAGCACCAGGUGGUGGUGGUGGCGGGUGACACGGGCUGUGGCAAGUCCACUCAGGUGCCCCAGUACCUGCUGGCCGCCGGCUUCAGUCACGUGGCAUGCACCCAGCCCCGGAGAAUUGCCUGCGUCUCCCUGGCCAAGCGUGUUGGCUUUGAGAGCCUCAGUCAGUAUGGCUCCCAGGUCGGCUACCAGAUCCGCUUUGAGAGCACGUGUUCGGCGGCCACCAAGAUUGUGUUCCUGACGGUGGGGCUGCUCCUGAGGCAGAUCCAGCGGGAGCCCAGCCUGCCCCAGUACCAGGUCCUGAUCGUGGAUGAGGUCCACGAGCGGCACCUCCACAAUGACUUCCUGCUGGGCGUCCUGCGGCGCCUGCUGCCCCAGCGGCCUGACCUCAAGGUCAUCCUCAUGUCGGCCACCAUCAACAUUUCGCUCUUCUCCAGCUACUUCGACAAGGCCCCCGUGGUGCAGGUGCCGGGAAGGCUCUUCCCCAUCACGGUCACGUACCAGCCGCAGGAGGUGGAGCCGACAACAUCCAAGUUGGAGAAGCUGGACCCGCGGCCUUUCCUGAGGGUGCUGGAGGCCAUCGACAACAAGUACCCGCCUGAGGAGCGGGGCGACCUCCUUGUCUUCCUCAGUGGCAUGGCAGAGAUCAGCACCGUGCUCGAGGCCGCCCAGACCUACGCCAGCCACACCCAGCGCUGGGUGGUGCUGCCACUGCACAGCGCCCUCUCUGUGGCCGACCAGGACAAGGUUUUCGAUGUAGCUCCCGCUGGAGUCCGGAAGUGCAUCCUCUCCACCAACAUCGCUGAGACUUCGGUCACCAUUGACGGGAUCCGCUUCGUAGUAGAUUCUGGGAAGGUGAAGGAGAUGAGCUACGACCCACAGGCCAAGCUGCAACGGCUGCAGGAGUUCUGGAUCAGCCAGGCCAGUGCCGAGCAGCGCAAGGGCCGGGCGGGCCGCACAGGCCCGGGCGUCUGCUUCCGCCUCUAUGCCGAGUCGGACUACGACGCCUUCGCCCCCUACCCCGUCCCGGAGAUUCGGAGGGUCGCCCUGGACGCGCUGGUGCUGCAGAUGAAGAGCAUGAGUGUGGGGGACCCCCGAACCUUCCCCUUCAUUGAGCCCCCGCCACCAGCCAGCCUGGAAACGGCCAUCCUCUACCUCCGGGACCAGGGGGCCCUGGACAGCUCGGAGGCGCUCACGCCCAUCGGGUCCCUGCUGGCCCAGCUCCCUGUGGACGUUGUGAUUGGGAAGAUGCUGAUCCUGGGCUCCACGUUCCACCUGGCGGAGCCCGUGCUCACCAUCGCGGCCGCCCUCAGCGUCCAGUCGCCCUUCACCCGCAGCGCCCAGAGCAGCCCGGAGUGUGCGGCAGCCCGGCGGCCCCUGGAGAGCGACCAGGGCGACCCCUUCACGCUCUUCAAUGUCUUCAACGCCUGGGUGCAGGUGAAGUGUGAACGGAGCGGAAACUCGCGCAAGUGGUGCCGCCGCCGGGGUGUCGAGGAGCACCGGCUGUACGAGAUGGCCAACCUGCGGCGCCAGUUCAAGGAGCUGUUGGAGGACCACGGGCUGCUGGCCGGGGCCCAGGUCCCCACGCCGGGGGACAGCUACAGCCGCCUAUGGCAGCGCCGGGAGCGCCAGGCGCUCUACCAGCUGAAGCGCCAGCACGAGGAGGGCGGGGGGCGCAGGCGCAAGGUGCUGCGGCUGCACGAGGACCAGGACGGCUCCAGCGAUGAGGACCGGGGCAGUGCGGCUGCCCGGGGGGCCGGCGACAGCGUGGACAUCCAGGAUGUGAAGUUUAAGCUUCGGCACAACCUGGAGCAGCUGCAGGCGGCCGCCAGCUCGGCCGCGGCGCUGCCCCGGGACCAGACGGCGCUGCUGAAGCUGGUGCUGGCGCGGGGCCUCUACCCGCAGCUCGCCGUCCCGGACCCGUUCAACAGCGGCCGCAAGGACUCGGACCAGAUUUUCCACACCCAGGCCAAGCAGGGCACCGUGCUGCACCCCACCUGUGUCUUCGCCAACAGCCCCGAGGUGCUGCACACACGGGAGCAGGAGGCCGGGGACGGCGAAGGGGGCCGAGACGACAAAGACAAGAUGAGCAGCAGGCACCAGCUCCUCGCCUUCGUCUCCCUGCUGGAGACCAACAAACCGUACCUCGUGAACUGCGUGCGCGUCCCCGCUCUGCAGUCGCUGCUGCUGUUCAGCCGGUCCCUGGACACCAACGGUGACUGCUCCCGCCUGGUGGCCGACGGCUGGCUGGAGCUGCAGCUGGCGGGUAGCGAGAGCGCUGUGGGGCUCCUGGCGGCCGCCCUGCGGCUCCGCGCCCGCUGGGAGAGUGUUCUGGACCGGCAGCUGGCCCGGCAGGCCCGGCGGCCGGAGGAGGACGAGGACGACGAGGCUCCGGUCAACCGUGGGGAGGUGGCGGCCCUGAGCAGGGAGCUGCUGCGGUUCACGGCAUCCAAGGUUCCCUACAGCCUCCGGCGGCUCACGGGGCUGGAAGUCCAGAACCUCUACGUGGGACCCCAGACCGUCACGGCUGCCCCCAGUCUCCCUGGCCUCUUUGGCAGCUCUACCCUGUCCCCCCACCCCACCAAAGGGGGCUACGCAGUCACUGACUUCCUCACGUACAACUGCCUCAUGAGCGACGCGGACCUGUACAGCGACUGUCUCCGCACCUUCUGGACCUGCCCGCACUGCGGCCUGCACAUGCCCCUCACGCCCUUGGAGCGCAUGGCCCACGAGAACACCUGCCCGCAGGCCCCGCGGGACGGGCCCCCAGGGGCUGAGGACGCUGCCCCCGAGCCCCCGCAGAAGGUGUCUGCUCUGCAGAGGCCCUACCACUGCGAGGCCUGCCAGCAGGACUUUCUCUUCACGCCCACGGAGGUGCUGCGGCACCGGAGGCAGCAUGUGUGAGCCAGCCUGGCCGGGAGCCCGCCUGCCCCCAGUCCAGGACCAGGACUCCCACCCGAACCCGCAGCGUGGGCUCAGAACUACGGUCUGGCCCCCACCCCACGGGAAGGGGGAGGGAAUGUGGGAAUAAAGUCUC